AUGGUAGGGGUAGAAAGGAAGUUCAUCGAGCAUAAAAUUGUAAUUAAACCAAGCGCAAAAGAGGUUAAGCAGAAGAAGAGAGUCCAGGGAGGAGACCGUAAUAGGGCAAUUAAUGCAGAAGUGGCCAAGCUGGCAGAAGUCGGGAUAGUGCGGGAGGCAAUAUUUCCGACAUGGAUCGCGAACCCAGUUAUGGUCCGCAAGCAAUACGGGUCGUGGCGUAUGUGGAUAGACUUUUCAGACUUAAAUAAGGCAUGCCCUAAAGAUUGUUACCCUCUCCCGGAGAUUGAUCAGAAAGUGGAAUCGUUACAAGGGUUUAAGCUAAAGUGUUUUUUGGAUGCGUACAAAAGGUACCACCAGAUUUUGAUGAGCAAAGAAGAUGAGGAGAAAACAGCAUUCUACACGGAUCAUGGCAAUUUCUGCUACACCAAGAUACCUUUCAGCUUGAAGAAUGCAGGGGCCACAUAUCAGCGCCUGGUCGACUCGAUAUUUGCCAAACAAAUCGUGAAAAACAUCGAGGUAUAUGUGGAUGACAUGGUGAUUAAGAACCCGCAUGAAGACAAGAUGUUGCAAGAUAUUGAGGAGACUUUCCGAACCUUAGAGGCGGUAAAAAUGAAGCUGAACCCGGCCAAAUGUACGUUUGGGGUGGAAGAGGGGCAGUUCUUGGGAUACUACGUCACCAGGCAAGGUAUCCAGCCCAGCCCGACCAAAGUCGAUAAAUUCAUUGAGACACCAACACUGAACUCCCUCAGGGAUGCACAAGGUCUGAAUGGGAAACUUACAGCUCUAAGAAGGUUCAUUUCGAAAUCCGCUGACAAGGCCAUGCCGUUGUUCCACACAUUGAAGGGGUGCAUUGAGAAGAGCAAUUUCCAAUGGAUGAAUGAAGCAGAAAAAGCACUCCAAAGAAUCAAGGAAGCGCUACAUGAAUUACCCACGCUGGCCAGCCCUGUCCCUGGAGAGACGUUACAAGUGUACCUCUCGACAUCAGGCGAAGCAAUAUCUUCAGUAUUGAAUGUAGAAAGGGAAGGGGAACAGAGACCGAUACUACUCAAGCCGGAGACGUCGGGCCGGCUGGCGAAGUGGGCGAUCGAACUAAGAGAGCACGACAUAAAUUACCGCCCAAGGAAGAGUAUCAAGGGACAAGCGCUAACCGAUUUCUUACUAGAAAUUCCAGACGGAGGGGACCUAAACAAAGAGAAAGUGUGGGCAGUUGAAGGGGCCCCGGCUGAUAACAGUUCAUGGACUUUCUAUACAGAUGAGGCAUCCAGCAGGGAAGGCUCAGGGGCGGGGCUGAUCCUGACCAGUCCAGCAGGAGAAGAGGUAACCUACGCCCUCCGUUUCGAUUUCCACACGUCGAACAACAAAGCGGAGUACAAAGUGCUGCUCGUAGGGUUGCGUCUAGCCAAGCAGAUGGGUGCGAAAGCUGUAACGGCCCUAACCGACUCGAGGCUAGCAGCAAACCAGGUUAAUGGGAGUUUUGAGUUUGCUGAGAACCCGUUCAGAAAGUGGUGCACCACCAAAGGGAUAAGCCAACGUUUCACAUCGGUAGCACACCCGCAAGUGAACGGACAGACAGAGGUAUCUAAUCGAACCAUUGUGAAUGGAAUCAAGAAGAGGCUGGGCAAAGCAAAAGGGAAUUGGGCGGAGGAGAUACCGAUGGUGUUGUGGUCGUACAGAACUACACCACGAACAAGCACGAAGGAAACCCCCUUCAGUCUGACAUAUAGGACAGAAGCCAUGCUUCAUAUGGAGGUGGCAGUGAACACAGUAAGGGUGGCCAACAAGGAUGAGGAAAGCAAUGCACAAGACUUAAGGAUAAACCUGGAUAUCCUAGAGGAAAAGCAUGAAAAAUCUGGAAUGCGCCAAGCUGCAUACAAGCAUGCAACAGAAAGGUACUACAAUCACAGAGUAAAAGAAAAAGCGUUCAGAUUUGGUGAAUACGUUUUAAGGAAAAAUGAGGCAAGUCGAGCCCAACCCCAAGGCAAGUUGGGCCCAACAUGGGAAGGCCCUUAUAGAGUCACAGAGGCAAACAAGAAUGGCGCAUAUGUGUUAGAAACAAUGGAAGGAAGGCAGAUUCCAAGAACGUGGAAUGCUAGGAACUUGAAGAAGUAUUUAUUUUAA